AUGAUGUACGAUCAACCGGACUGGACAUGGACAAUGGCACUGGUCUAUAUUCAAUCUGUAGCGUUCACUUCCGGCCACACCAAAUAUGUUCCCGAUCCUAUUGAAGCUAAUAAGGCCACAAUAAUGUACGUGAUGUUCAUAUUCGUGUUGCACAUUUGGAUAUUGUCAUUUAUGACGUUAUUCGUGAACGCCAUCCUUACUCUAAUACGCAGCAUUUAUAUGACACAAUGGGCUGAGAUCACCGAUCAUCAGCUCAGUCAACUGGAGAGGAAAUUCGCUGAACGCAAACAACGUCGAAAACAUGACAAUCCCAAAUAUGAGAAUUAA